AUGCAGGAACUGUUGACAUUCAGAGAUGUGACCAUAGAAUUUUCUCCAGAAGAGUGGGCAUGCCUGGACCCUGCUUGGUGGAAUUUGUAUAGGGAUGUGAUGUUAGAGAACUACAGAAACCUGGCCUCCCUAGGUCUUACAACCUCUAAGCCAGACCUGAUCACCUGUCUGGAGCAAAGGAAAGAGCCCUGGAAUGUGAAAAGACAUGAGAGAGUUGCAGAACACUCAGGUAGGUGGGAGGCAGAUGGUGCAGGUGAGAGGUACAAAGGUCAAGGAGGAAGCCAGACCUUAAAAUGUGGUUUGGGAGACUCUGCUACAAUGUUAAUGGUUUCUGAGAAGACUGGGUUUCUUUCUCUCAGUGUGGCACAGGGACAUCUCUGUCCCUUUUUCUUGAGUUAUCUAAGGUGUUAACU